AUAACGAAAAUGUGCAAUUAAAUCUACUCGAUGAUUACAACAAUUUUCUCACUGUGAGGUGGUUGGCAAGACACGCGACCAGUGUAUCGUCUGCUUGUUUUUGUUGACACUCUCGCUUUCACCCUGUCAAGGUAGAGGAUUCGGUCAAUUUGGCGUUUAUCAAAUUCUACCAUGGUGAUGGUUCUGCACUCAAUUCAAAACUGCCUGCGUCUAGCUGGUUUAACCCCAGCAAGAACAGUUUUAUGUCAACAGAUAAUGCAGAGCCACAUUCUGACCCACAAAGUUGUGACAUCAGCUGCUUCAGUUGCAUCAAGCCAAGUUCAGCAACGGCCAUUCUUCCUCCAUUGGAUUAAUUCUGUUUUUAACCAAGUGUCAAGGGAAAGAGUGGAAGAGGUUGGUCCCGACAGAGCCUGUGCCGAAUGGCUGCUGAGAAAUGGGGCCUUAGUGCAAUGGAUGGGUGCCAAUGAUUUUGUGACAGACUACAAUGAGCUUCCACUGGAUAAAAAAGAGAGGGGUCGUUACUUUAUCAAAGCUGUAGAUGCCACAGAUUCUAGUGUCAUGUCAAUGGGCUUUCCACAUUUUGAGGGAUGCAAUCAUAUUGAAAAGAUUACUUUUAAGAAAUGCAAGUACCUGGACAGUGAAGCUUUGCCUCUACUUUCAGUUCUUAAGAAAUCACUUAACACUUUGGAAGUCAUAUACUGCUGGAAUCUGACAGCUGAAAGUAUACUGUCUCUGCGGAGUUUAAGCAAUUUGAAAACUCUCAAAUUGGAGGGACUACCUGAGGUAAAGAACAAGUCAGAGGUUUUACAGAAACUGCAGCAAGCUCUACCAAAUUGUGUCGUUACCUUUGAUGGUGAGGGGGUAGCUGUCAACAAGUGAAUUCACUCAAGAUUAAGUAAAGUUUAUUUAUUUACAUCUGUAUUAAUGAAUAAUAUUACCAUAAAUCAACCGGACAACAUUCAGUUCUUGUAUGUAAUGAAAUUAAAAUGAGAAAGAUCCAUUUGAAGUUUAAA